AUGGCAUUGGGCGGUGAAGAUCACGAAGAUGUGUUCUCAGAUGGGGAAGAAAAUGAAUUAAGUCGGCGACUGAAAGUUCAGAUCAAUGAGAAGGAUUUGCUAUGCGUGAACGGAUGUGGUUUUUAUGGAACUCCACAAUGGGGAAAUCGCUGUUCGAAAUGUUGGCGUGAACACCAAUUAGCAGAAAAAAGGAGUCAGGACUAUGCGAAAAAUAGGACCUUACUUGGUUUUGACAAUUUCCAAGAACGCCGUAAAGCUGCAACUGAAAGUCGCACUCUGACGAUCAAGAAGAUUUUUCGAUCCCCUUCAAUGCUAGCAUCUACUUCAAGUAAAACUAGGCAGCUCAGUCCAGAUAGCAAGGCAGCUAGGGAGGUGCUAACUGAUUUCCUGGUGAUGAGUUUGCCGACAGCUAUUCUACAGGAAAUCACUCGUCAAGUGAAAUAUGCUGUGAUGAAAAUUUCUGAGCUCCGAGUGACACCGGACGAGCUAUCUGAGCUAGUUCAAAGCUUCUACCAAUAUCUCAUCGACAAAUUAAGCCAAAAUCCAUUUUUCAACCAAGACAAGUGUAAAGUAAAAGUCGAAGAUGUCAUUUCCGAAGUGGAGAAAUACAUAUGCGUUUGCUGUUAUAAUAGUCUGUUUUGCGCAAGCUCUGAUGAAGAAGUGGCUGAUCUCUCCUUGCAAGAUCGUAUCCGAUCGUUGAACUGGGUAACAGCUGGGUUUCUUGAAACGAAACUCGAUUUCAGUCGACAAACGGUUCGUAACCUUCUUGAUGAUGCUAUCGCGGAAAUGAUAGAUAUAAACAGUCAUCGGCGAUCAGAUGAGAAGCUCGAUUGUCUUGUUAGGUGUUCGCACAAAAUUUUCGAGGCUCUCAAAGAGAGCGGUGCUCCGACAAGUGCUGAUGAAUUUCUUCCCGUACUGAUAUAUGUUCUUUUAAAAGGCAACCCACCAUUGAUUCAAUCGAAUGUGAAGUUCAUUAGUAGAUUUGCGUUGCCAUCACGCAUAAUGAGCGGUGAAUCAGGAUAUUUCUUCACAAACCUUUCUUGCGCUCUGCAAUUCGUCCAAGAUAUGAAUUAUGCUAGUCUGAAAAUGGAACGAUCUGAAUUUGAAGCGUACACAUCCGGUGAUCUCGUGCCUCCACUGAAUAUGAUCAACUGUGGCUGUAAUCAGGUGAUUCAGUCCUAUUUGUUGUGUUUAAUUUCCGAGAAAUGUUAUGUUGACCGAGAGAAGCAGUAA